CCUCACUCCUCUAUAUAAGAGCCGCCCCCGCCAUUCAUCCUCUACUUCCGCCCAUCCCCGCCACCAGAACACUGCCUGGCUAAUAACUUCUCUUCUUCUUAUUACUCACUCGCGCAUCCCAGCGCAAACACCUCCGCACGCACGGAGCACACGAACUCUAACCAACGGCCAGCAAGAAUUAUUAACCAUGCAGGCGCAGUCCCGUCUCAUGAGCUCGGCGGCGUCGGCGGCGGACGAGCGGUACUACGAGGCGGUGGUGAGGGAGCUGCGGCGCGGGCACGAGCUGACGGCGCAGCUGCAGGCGGAGGCGGCGCGCGCGCUGCGCGGGCAGGGCCAGGCCGAGGCCACCGCCGCAUUCAUCCUGCGGGAGGUCUCCCGCGCCUUCACCGUCUGCAUCUCCAUCAUGGGCGGCGCCGCCCCGGCCACGCCGCUCGCCGAGGCAGCGACAGCCCCGGCGGGCGCCGCGCGCCGUCCUAGAGAUGACGGCGCCCCGAGAAAAACAAUAGAGACAAGCUCGCCCAACUCCGACGGGUACAUGUGGAGGAAGUACGGCCAGAAGAGGAUCAUGAAGACCAGGUUCCCAAGGUGCUACUACAGAUGCAGCCACCACCGCGAGCGCGGGUGCCCGGCCACGAAGCAGGUCCAGGAGCAGCAGCACGGCGACGGCGCCGACCACCCGAAGACGUACCUCGUCAUCUACGUCCACGAGCACACGUGCCGCACGACGCCGCCGCCGUCCGCCGAGCCCGAGGCGCCGGUCGUGGCGCGCGGCCGUUUAGCCCGCGACGACGACGCGGUGCCGCUGGAUGGUGGCCGCGGCGCCAAGGAGGAGCUCGAGCGCCAGGUGCUCGUCUCGUCCCUCGCCUGCGUGCUCCAGGGCCGCCACACCGACACUACUACUUGGGGCGGCGCGCCCGCGCCGGGGGCCGGGUCCUCUUCGUCGUCGCAGCUGGGCCGCGUUAGUGCUGACGACGCCGGCGCGUCUGCUUCGCUCAACGCACUGCUGGCCACCGCGAUGCCGCCGCUAACGUCGUCGCUCGGCGCCGGGGAGGAGGAGGAGGAGCUGGACGUCAUGGACUACGACGUGCCGGCCGACACGGCGCUGUGUUUCGGCGGCCCGUCGUACGGGAUGCGUGACGACGACAUGCUGCUUUAAUUUGAGAUCGUAGAUCGAGUUUCAGGAAUCUACAUCUCACACGCCGGCGCCCAGCGGUUCAUCAUCUAUCGUCCGUGUUUACGACGACGACACGAGACAAAGAUACGCCCAGUCUUAAUUACUGUAGCCAGGUUCGGUAUAUACGUGCGGUAAAAAAAAUAAAGAUACGUACGGGUAUUUGUAUUUCUUGUAUUGCGAGAAUACGGGCCAUAUAUAUAUAUAGAAGUAUUUAAUUAAUUAUAUAUAGGUCGGACACUCUCCCUGUUAUUUUAUGGUGUGGUAUUGUAAGCCUCGGGAAGAAUGCGAUAUUGUAAGGUUGUCCCAAAUAAAUAAUGGGCAACGAUUAAUAAGAAUGCUAAAGGGGUAAAUAUAUACUAAUCCCUCCGUUCCUAAA